CAUUUAUGACCUCUCUUCCCUCCACCUCCUCCUCCUCCUCUCUUCUCCCCUUUCACACUCUAGCCAUACUCUCUCCACCGCAUUAGCUCGCCAUUGCCAACCAGAGGAGAGAGAGAGGUGGUGGGCAGCGGCCACUUGCCUCUUCCGAGCUGUCUCCCAUGACACCACCGCCGCCGCCGGUGUCGCUUGCUCCGUGCCAACAACCGGUCGAGCAGCUGGUGGGUGGUUCUUGCUAGCACGCGCGGCGCGAGCGCCAAGAUCUCACCGUACGCGUGCAGCGCCGCGGCGGGCGGCCAUGGGUGCUCGGGUGGUGCUGUUCUUGGCCGUGGCCGUGGUGGCGGCGGUGGCGCAGGAGCCGAACACGGACGCCUACUUCGUGUCGAGGUUCUUCGCCAAGAUGGGGCGGGCGGCGCCGGCGUCGGGCGCGGCGGUGUGCGGGUGGCCCGGGGUGGCGUGCGACGGCGAGGGGCGGGUGGUGGAGUUCUCGGCCGCCGGGAUGGGGCUGGAGGGCGCCGUCCCGGAGGACACCGUCGGGAAGCUGGCGCGGCUGCGGUCGCUUGACCUCAGCGGCAACCGCCUCGCCGCGCUCCCCAACGACCUGUGGGAGGUGGGCGCCUCGCUGCUGGAGCUCAACCUCUCCCGCAACGCCAUCCGCGGGGACCUCCCGAACAACAUCGUCAACUUCGCCGCCCUCCAGGUGCUCGACGUCUCCCACAACGCCUUCUCCGGCGCGCUGCCCCCGGCGCUCGGCUCCAUCGCCGCGCUCCGGGUGCUCGACGCCAGCCACAACCUGUUCCAGGGCCAGCUCCUCGGCACCGUCAUCUCUGGCUGGACCAACCUCUCCUCCAUGGAUCUCUCCGGCAAUGCGCUGGACGGCGACUUGCCGGACCUCUCGCCGCUACUGUCACUGUCCUACCUCAACCUGUCCGGGAACAGGCUCCGGGGCUCCGUCAUCGGAGCGUUCCAUGAGCAGAUGAAGGUGAUAGACCUCAGCAACAACAGCUUCUCGGGGCUAAACUUUAGCAGUGGAUAUGCAGGCUCAUCUUUGGCAUACCUCGAUUUAUCAGGCAAUGAGCUUACCGGGGAAUUCAGUGUUGGCAACAGGUUUCAGAACCUGAAGCAUUUGAAUCUUGCAUUCAACCAGUUGUCCGUGGCAAAUUUGCUGGUGUCCAUGGGUGAGAUCUCUGGAUUGGAGUUUGUCAAUUUGUCGAGCACCGGGUUGCAUGGGCAAAUUCCUAGGGAGUUGUCUUCCCAAUUGUCUAGAUUGAAGGUGCUCGAUUUGUCGCGGAACAAUAUCAGUGGAGUAGUGCCAGACUUGAGCUCGAUUCGCCUGCAGGUGCUGGACUUGUCGGUGAACAACCUCACUGGGGAGAUCCCUGUGGCAUUAGUGAAGAAGUUGGUGUCCAUGGAGCGGUUCAACUUCUCAUACAACAACCUCACCGUUUGCGCCUCCGAGCUCUCUCCCGAGGCGUUUGCCGCUGCCUUUGCUAGGUCCAGGAAUGAUUGUCCGAUUGCCGUGAAUCCUGACCGUAUCCAGAGAAGUGGGGGCAAACGCAAGGGGAUGAAGUUGGCGUUGGCCAUUGUGCUUUCGCUCUUCUUCUCGGUUCUUGGUCUGCUCUGCGUGGCAGUUGCAUGUCGGCGGCGGAGGAAGAGGGGUGAUGUGCUGCCUGCUGUCAAGCAGGUGUCAUUCAAGGAGGAACCAGGGAUUUCAGGCCCAUUUGCAUUCCAGACCGACUCGACAACAUGGGUUGCCGAUGUGAAGGUCGCAACAUCUGUCCCAGUUGUCAUCUUUGAGAAGCCCUUGCUGAGUUUCACUUUCGCCGAUCUCUUGGCGGCGACGUCAAAUUUUGAUAGGGGAACUCUGCUGGCAGAGGGGAGAUUUGGGCCGGUGUACAGGGGAUUUCUCCCUGGUGGAAUUCAGGUUGCUGUGAAGGUGUUGGUCCAUGGUUCGGCAAUGGCUGACCAAGAUGCUGCAAGAGAGCUUGAGCGGCUGGGACGGAUCAAACAUCCUAAUUUGGUUCCUUUGACUGGUUACUGCUUAGCAGGGGAGCAGAGAAUCGCCAUCUACGAGUACAUGGAGAACGGCAAUCUGCACAACCUACUUCAUGACUUGCCUCUAGGAGUCCAGACCACUGAGGAUUGGAGCACUGACACAUGGGAAGACAACAAUGGCGGUGUUGCCACCGAAAACAUCACACCAGAGGGUACCGCGACAUGGAUGUUCCGGCACAAGAUUGCAUUAGGCGCCGCGAGGGCACUGGCAUUCCUGCACCAUGGCUGCAUCCCUCAGAUCGUCCACCGUGACGUGAAGGCGAGCAGCAUCUACUUCGACUGUGGGAUGGAGCCUAGGCUGUCUGACUUCGGGCUGUCAAUGAUCGCCGGGACCAGCACGGACAACAACCUGCUGCACCAUUCCCCGGGCUACGCCCCACCGGAGUUCUCCGACUCGGAGAACGCCAUGGCGACAGCAAAGUCCGAUGUCUACAGCUUCGGCGUCGUGCUGUUCGAGCUGAUCACUGGCAAGAAGCCACUGGGGGACGACUACCCCGGCCAGAAGGAAGCCAGCCUGGUGAACUGGGCUAGGGCGAUGGUGAAGGCAAACCUCGGGCCGGGCAUCAUCGACCCAAAGAUCCGCGACACCGGGCUGGAGAGGCAGAUGGAGGAGGCCCUGAGGAUCGCCUACCUCUGCACCGCCGAGCUCCCCUCCAAGAGGCCGGCCAUGCAGCAGAUCGUUGGCCUGCUCAAGGACAUUGAGCCUAAGGUAGCAGAGCAGGACUGAAAUAAUAUUACUAGUGUUUUUGGGGUAUUGAAAAGCAAGUGUAGGCAGUGAGCUCCUUAGUUGUUUUGGCAUAGUGGAGCUUCACUGCAUUGCCAUGCCCUGCUCUCCUCUGCUGGGAUAUAUCUUUUUCUUCUUUUUUGUUUCUUUUUUGUUCUUCCACUUGUUGAGAUGUUGCAAUACAGCUUUGCUACACCUGCUCCUUACUAACAAUGUUACUACUACCAUUGAGUCAUGACACAUGGAAGAUAGCUCUCUCUCAUCAA